GGCUGGCUGCUCGGGAGCACCGCUGAGACAGCCCCAGGGCCGCGCCGGCCGGAGGCGCCUUUUUGAUUUUUAUAUUUUCGUUGCUACUUUUUUUUUUUUUUUUUUUUUUUUUUUUAAUAUUUUUCCGCCAGCCGGUGGUGCGGAGGCUCAGUGCGCGGAGAGCGCCGGUGGUGAGCGGCAGGCCGAACCGUACCGUGCCGAGCCGAGCCGAGCCGGGGGAGUCUGGCCGGCGGUCGGCGGGGGCCGGCGAUGCGGUGCCUCGCUCUGCUCGGCCUCGUCGCCUGGGGCCUGGGGAGCUGGGCCGGGCCCAGUGGCGGAGCGUCCCCCCCUCCCUGCCCGGCCUCCUGCAGCUGCGACGGCGACCGCGGCGUGGACUGCUCCGGGCGGGGGCUGGCGGCCGUGCCCCCGGGACUCAGCGCAUUCACGCACGCCCUAGAUAUCAGCAUGAAUAACAUCACAAGGCUGCCAGAGGAUGCAUUCAAGAACUUUCCCUACUUGGAAGAGCUGCGACUGGCUGGCAAUGACCUUUCUUUUAUCCAUCCAAAGGCUUGUCUGGGGUUGAAAGAACUCAAAGUUCUGACCUUACAGAACAAUCAGUUGAAGACCGUACCUAAUGAAGCUAUCAGAGGAUUAAGUGGCUUACAGUCCUUGCGUUUAGAUGCCAACCACAUCACUGCCAUACCAGAAGACAGUUUUGAGGGUCUGGUGCAGCUGCGUCACCUUUGGUUGGAUGACAACAGCUUGACAGAAGUUCCCAUCUACCCACUCAGCAACCUUCCCUCUCUGCAGGCAUUAACACUGGCUCUUAACAAAAUAACACACAUUCCUGACUAUGCCUUUACAAACCUUUCAAGUCUUGUUGUUCUACAUCUUCAUAAUAAUAAAAUAAAAACGAUAGGAAAACACUGCUUUGAUGGAUUAGACAACCUUGAAACCUUGGAUUUAAAUUAUAAUAACAUGGUAGAGUUCCCUGAAGCCAUAAAAGCACUCCCAAGUCUGAAAGAGUUGGGAUUUCACAGUAACUACAUUUCCAUAAUUCCUGAUGGUGCAUUUGCAGGAAACCCCCUUCUAAGAACAAUACAUUUGUAUGAUAAUCCUUUGUCUUUUGUGGGGAACUCAGCAUUUCAGAAUCUGUCAGAUCUGCAUUCCCUGGUCAUUCGGGGUGCCAGCAUGGUUCAGUGGUUUCCUAAUUUGACAGGAACUGUUAAUCUGGAGAGUUUAACUCUAACAGGGACCAAGAUAAACAGUAUUCCUGUUAAUUUAUGCCAGGAGCAAAAGGUGCUACGAACUUUGGAUUUGUCUUAUAACAAUAUAAAGGACCUGCCAAGUUUUAAAGGCUGCCACUCCUUGGAAGAAAUUUCCUUACAGCAUAAUGAAAUCCAUGAAAUCAUGGAGGAUACCUUCCAAGGACUGUCAUCCCUUCGUAUCCUCGACCUCAGCAGAAAUCGGAUCCGUCAGAUCCACAAGGAAGCUUUCAUCACUGUUGGAGCUAUCAUUAACCUAGACCUGAGUUUCAAUGAACUCACUUCGGUCCCAACUGAAGGAUUGAGUGGACUGAACCAGCUUAAACUUGCAGGCAAUUCUGAGUUGAAAGAAGCUUUGGCAGCGAAGAACUUUGCAAAACUCCGGUCACUCUCUGUACCAUAUGCUUACCAGUGCUGUGCAUUUUGGGGUUGUGAGUCUUACUUAAACUCUGAUGCUGAAGAUUCCAGUCACCAAGAUCAAGGUACCUUAUUGGAUCGUGACAAGAGUGAUGCAGAUGCUCUAAAAAAUGAGGAAAGUGAGGAACUGGGACAGACUAUUAUUCACUGUACACCAGCAACAGGUGCUUUUAAGCCUUGUGAAUAUUUAUUGGGCAGCUGGAUGAUUCGCCUUACUGUCUGGUUUAUUUUUUUGGUUGCUUUGUUCUUCAACCUGCUUGUCAUGUUAACAGUAUUUGCAUCCCGUGCUCCGUUGCCAUCUUCCAAACUGUUUAUAGGUCUGAUUUCUGUCUCUAACUUAUUUAUGGGAAUCUAUACUGGUAUUUUAACUUUCUUGGAUGCUGUCUCUUGGGGAAGAUUUGCUGAAUUUGGCAUCUGGUGGGAAACUGGCAGUGGUUGCAGAGUUGCCGGGUUUCUUGCGGUCUUUUCGUCAGAAAGUGCCAUUUUUUUCCUGAUGUUGGCAGCUGUUGAACGGAGCUUCUCUGCAAAGGAAAUCAUUAAAAAGGGGAAAAGCAAUCGCCAAAAACAAUUUCAGAUAGCAGCAGUUUUUGCUUUCUUGUGUGCCGUGGUGGCAGGAUGCUUACCACUUCUUUACAAAGUGGAGUACUCGGCAUCACCCCUUUGCCUGCCCUUCCCCACCGGAGAGACCCCUUCCUUAGGCUUCACGGUAACUUUAGUGCUCCUCAAUUCAUUAGCGUUUUUGCUAAUGGCUGUUAUCUACACUAAACUCUACUGCAACCUGGAAAAAGAGGACCUCUCUGAAAACUCCCAGUCCAGCAUGAUUAAGCACGUGGCUUGGCUCAUCUUCACAAACUGCAUCUUCUUCUGCCCGGUCGCGUUUUUCUCCUUUGCGCCGCUGAUCACCGCCAUUUCCAUCAGCCCCGAGAUCAUGAAGUCUGUCACUUUGAUAUUUUUCCCUUUACCCGCUUGCCUGAACCCCGUCCUCUACGUCUUCUUCAACCCAAAGUUCAAGGAGGACUGGAAGCUGCUCAGGCGCCACCUGAGCAGGAAGAACGGGGCGGUGGCCAUCGCCGUCAGCGCCCAAGGCGGUUGCGCGGCGCAGGAUUUUUACUACGACUGCGGCGUCUACACCCACCUGCAGGGGAACAUCACCGUCUGCGAGUGCUGCGAAUCCCUCCUCUUAUCCAAGCCCGUGCCCUGUAAACACUUAAUAAAAUCCCACAGCUGCCCUGCGCUGGCAGUGGUGCCUUGCCAAAGGCCGGACGGGUACUGGUCGGACUGUGGCACCCAGUCAGCCCACUCCGACUACGCUGACGAGGACGAUUCCUUUGUCUCGGACAGCUCAGACCAAGUGCAGGCCUGCGGCCGCGCCUGUUUCUACCAAAGCCGGGGCUUCCCCUUGGUUCGUUACGCCUACAACAUACCCAGAAUUAAAGACUGAGAGGCUUUCUGCCCUCAGCUGCUCUCCUGGAGAGGUGUAAAGCUUCGCAGACCCUUGCCUGGUUUGACCUUUCGAGCAGGAAGCGCUUCUGUAAUCACCGCCGAGUGUCGGCCGUAAAAGGAGGGAAGCGGGCGGUGACUCCUUGAGCCAUACACUUCAAAACAAUUAAACAAAUAAAUCACUUCCCCUGACUGUAAAUGAUUGGUAAACCAAAUCUGUUACCCCGGUAUUUUUACUCUUUCCACACAAUAGUGGGUUCUUUUAUACAGUUUUUUACAUGCUAAUUGUGUGUUUCCACGUUGUACUCCGGUUGUACUUUGCUUCUGCUGUUGGCGAGGGAAGUUCUGUUGAUUUUGAUUUUUUUUUUUCCUCUUUUGCCAAAGCACAAUAUAAAGGACAGCUGUUUAAUAUUAAAGAAAUUAUUUUUAAAUGUGACUUUUCUAUAAUUAAACAAAAAAACUCUUUUGCUAGCUUUGUGUAGUGUAUUCAGCAUUGAAUCUCAGGAUAAAUUUUACUGCAGGGCCAAAAAAGGGAUUAAUUCUCCCAUAUAUAACUGUGACAGCAAUAUAGGAAUACCAUGUUUCUCUAGUAUUUGAAGCCAAUGCUCAAUUUUUUAAAAAAGGUUUUGCUACAAUCAAAAGCACUUGUGAUCCACAGUAUCUGUAGACUAUGAAAUAAGAAUUUUAACAGCUGUCAGAAAUAGUAGGUUUGAACACAUUUUUUCCAGUGAUGAUGCAUUAGUUCAGGUGAACCACAGCAACUUUCUUCAGUAUUAUGCAGUUGGGUCACACUGUUGGAAGGAAUAUCCAUGCAUCAGGGGGUGGUAGCAGUGCUGUCAAUGUGUACAGCUCACAGCUUUGCAGAAAGGCUGGAUAAUAUCUGCAGCCUCUUAGAGCACCCCAGUAGUAUCUAUGAAUAGACUGCAAUUUUAGCAAAUGUAGAGAAAACAGAAAGCAAUUUUUGCAAUAAGGAAAAGCAUUUUUUCAAUUCUUUUAGUGAGGGUGAAGUACACUGUGCAAAGUCACCGAUUUCUGUGUAAAUCGGUGCAAUAUUUUUAAACCAUUCAAGUCCUGAGACCCAAGUGUUUUAAGUACAACUAGUGGUCCAUUUAUAGGGUUUUAGUUUGAGGUCUGAUCAAUACAAAGCUAUGAAUGCAUGAUCAAGUAAAUUCUGUAUGUUUCUUCAACAAUACACUAAAUCAAAAGCAAAUCCACUGCCAUCCCAGUUACUCUGGAGACAUUCUCAUUAAGAUUUAAAGCUAGAUUGCUGUUUUGAGAAUUAAGCUGUAUAUACUGUUCAUACAAUGAAUUUUUAUCUUUGUAUUGUAAAUUAUUUGAUAGAACACAUGAUGGGAAAUGUGGCUUCAGUUCAUUUUGUUAAUUAAAGCUACCUCCUAAAAUAUAGUGGCUGCCAGUAGCAGAAUGUUUAAAAUGUGGUUUAUAUACUUUUUGCAUUGUAAAUAGACAUGGUUGUAUAUUGUCACUGUAAUAAAACCAGAAUCCUUGUAUAUCAAAAUCAUGUAGUUUGUACAAAGUAUGGGAGGAUUAUUUACUGUAUGCUGUUAAUUUUGUAAGCCAAAAUAUUCACAUGUAAAAGCAAAAGAAAACCAACCCCGAGUUGUUAAUUCUUAUAUUUACACUCAUGAAUAUUACAUCAGCAGUUAGCAUGGAAUGUUACACUGAGAGCAAAUAAAAGGUACAUAAA